AUGUUUGUCCAUGCGGUGGCGCGGCCGUUAAUGGCGAAGAUAAAGCAAACAACAGGGAUCGUAGGACUAGACGUUGUUCCAAACACGAGGGAGGUGUUGAUUGGACUCUACAGUAAAACACUGAACGAAAUCCAGAAGGUUGAGGAACUCAUUGAAGAGACUCAGGAUGAACUCAAACUCAUUGGACAUAUGAUUGAAUGGGAUCCUUGGGGCAUCCCUGAUGAUCACGAAAUUGAGAUGGUUGAAAACGAUGCACCAAUUCCGAAGCAUGUUCCUCAACACCGACCUCCUCCUCUCCCUAAGGAAUUUCAAGAAACGUUAGAGGCACUAAUGUCUCAACCAGGGAAGACAGAAAGCUAG